UUAAUACUUGUAUGCAUUAGUAUUGUUUUUGGCAUUGUCUCCUAUUCCCUUCACAAAUUAGUAUGUUGCCGACAGAAUUAUGAACAUCUAAGCUAAACCGCUGCAUGUUAGGUCACAUUUAGUGUAUAUCUCAUCAGGCGAGAAUCCUAUAAAAUACCUAACAAUGACCCUUUGGUAUUGCUCAACCCUACUUCAGAGAUGCUGUGUAUAACGUAAAGUAUGCCAACUGGGGGUUAUCAUUCAUCAUUAGCAUGCCAUACUGUAGAUGAAAAAAAUAUGUAAUACAGAAAAUAGGGCUGGCUGAGAGAAAAGUUAGAUUGUUCUGCUUCAUGCUCUUCUGUGGCGUCCUUCGUAUCUAACCAGAGUUGGGUGUUACAGUAAUGUAUUACUUUCUGCUGUUUUUAAGAAAUCACAAACAUCGAGAGACAUUCGGACACCUGACAAAACAAUUGUGCCGGUAGAAUAGUAACUCAGUAAGCCUGCUUACUAUUGGUUUAGAGGGCUGCAGAAACAGAUUCGCGAUUGAGAGCUGCAGGCUCACGAUUGAGAGCUGCAGGCUCACAAUGGAGAGCUGCAGGCUCACAAUGCAGAGCUGCAGGCUCGGAAAAGUAGUGUAACGCAUUACAGUUCAGAGACAGUAAUACUGUAAUGUAACUUAUUACUUUAAAAAGACAGUAACAAGUAAUAUGUGCUGUAUUACAUUUUGGAAGUAACUUGCCCAUCACCGUAUCUAAAACUCCACAUGUAUGAUUGUCAGCUAGCAGCAGGCAUAUGGAAGCUAUGUAUUUAUUGAUAAAACAGAAAUUUGACACAAACAACUGAACCCAUAUUUGCAAAACAUGUUGCAUUAUGUAACAGUCCCUUGCUGAAAUAGUCUUAAACAUGAUAUUUCAAAUACUUCCAUCACAUCAGCAUGCUUUUUACACAUCUACAGUAUAUCAUGACACCAGCUCCUUGGAUCUUUGAACACACGUGUUUCACUGUCAGUUUUGAUUUCCCAGGCUGCAGUCAUGGGCCCAGACACGGCGCCUGUCUCUAAAACAGAAUCUCCGGAGGAAAGUCCAGGACAAGUCAUUGUGAAGGUCAACACUGAUUCAGAUUCCUAUGAAGUAUCUACCGACUCUGAGCCAGACAACUCUAAACAUCCAGAGAAGUGUUACACUUGUUCCAUCUGCAGCAAGGCAUUUGACAGACCAUCAAAGCUAGAUAGGCAUAAACCUGUACACACAAGGAAGCCUAAGACUCUUCAUCAGUGUGAGCAUUGUGAAAAGAGUUUCACACAACAAGAGAAGCUUAUCCGACACCAGAGUUUCCACAAUAGGACUAACAAGCACCCCUGUCCUGACUGUGGGAAAGUGUUCAACAGGCCUUCAAAGUUAGAGAGACACAAGCGCACACACUCGAAGAAACCAAAGGUGCCUCAUCAGUGUUCUUACUGCAUGAAGACGUUCAGUAAACUUAACAAACUUGUCCGUCACAAGCGAAUGCACACCGGGGAGAGGCCUUUCACCUGCUCCGUCUGCGGAAAAGGAUUUUCUGAGUCUGGUCACUGCAAAGCACAUGAAAAAACGCACGAGGAACAGCCAGAAAAACCUCACUGCUGUGCAGACUGUGGGAUGUGUUUCUUCAAGGCAUCAGAGCUCCGUCGGCACUCUCGCUCUCACACAGGAGAGAAACCUUUUAGAUGCAACUUAUGUGAUAGCUGCUUCUCGCGCUCAGAAGGACUCAAAAGACACAUGAGGAGCCACACAGGAGAGAGACCAUACAAAUGCAUCAUCUGCGCAAAGGGAUUUUAUUCUCGUCAGGAUUUAAAUAUUCAUGGCUUGACCCACUCUGGAGAGAAACCACAUCUUUGCCCCGUGUGUGGUAAAGGCUUCUCGCAGCUGGGCAACAUGAAAGAACAUGAACAAAAUGUUCACAUUAAGUCAGAGAAAUAUAUUUGCAAUGAAUGUGGGGCAACCUUUACACGGUAUAAGUCACUGACGAAACAUCAGCGGACACACACAGGUGAAAGACCCUACUUGUGCCUCACCUGUGGUCGCAGGUUUUCGUGGAGCCAUUCUCUCAGCAGGCACCGGAGGACGCACACACACAUGCAGAUGUCUAUGGAGACAACCAAAGACACAUCACGUUUUGAAGGACCCUCUGAAAAUCCUAGCAAUUGAAAAUGGAAGUGAAAACUUUAUAGAAGGACAUUUCAUUUUGAAAUUAUCCUAAGCUAAAAUGUACUAACUUGGAGCAAGGAGGUUAGGUUUUUUGAGGUUGUUCUUUUCCUGCUGCUUGUCUGUUUGACAGUAGGAUUACAGAAAAAGUAUUGGCUGGGUGUCCAUGAGACUUGGUGGAAGGAUGUAACAAGGGCCAAGGAAGUAUCCCAUAACUUUUGGAGCAGAUCUGAAACUAUCAGAUUGAUACAUUAGUCAUGUUUCACUUUUGGAACAUUGUGAGAUAGGAAAUGUGGAGGAAAAAAGGGGAACACAAGUUCUAAACUACGGAGAUUCAUGUGAAUCAGCCCUUAAGUCAGAACAACCAAUGCAAAACAGCUUUAGUGUUGUUUAAACACACAGAGCACUAAAAUACAACACAUCUUUGUAGCGUUCAUGUUGUUUCCACUACUAGAAGUUUGUAGUUAUUUAGAUCUCAAUUUGAAACUACGGUACGAUUCACCUCGCAACUUGCUUUGCUAUUAUAAUAUAUCAAUCAGAGCUUCUCAGUACAAGGCUCCAAAUAUUUUCCCAAUAUAUGUUUUUAUCUAAGCUGUGUUAUUUUGAUGAAGAUAGAGGACUCGGCUAAUUAAGUACAAUGCAGUGUGCUUAUCUUAUGUAGUGAUUCUCUGUUUACAUCGUUACUUUUAGACCUGCCUUUAGAUAGUGUGAAAUAAUAUCUCAUUGUGUAAUGAAUUUCUGUUACUUACUAACCAAAAGGUAUGUCACAACCAAAGUAGAGAUGAUCUAAACAAGACCUAAAACUCUUUUUGACUAACAACCAAACUGUUACGUUUUACAAAAUGUACCAAUUAUCUGCAACUGAAAUGUUGGCUUUCCGAUAUAGGUCACAUAAACUAAUGUAAUCCCCUACCUUACAAGAGGGCACCCGUGAACAUUAACCAGCACCAAGAUGUGUGCAUGGGUUUUACCAUUAACUCUGGUAUUUUAUUUCUGUACUUUCUUUCUAAUAACAAAGAAUGCCAAAAAUAAAUCGUGUUUUGUACUCUUA